UCAGCAUAAGACGACAAAUUGUAAGCAGUUAACAUUAGCAACGUCUUAUGUAACAGAACUAAACUUUAUCGUUUACUUUGGAUACGGUUACAAAAAUGGAGCAGACGACAGUUUUAAGUAGUUUGGAUAACUCAACAUCGAACGAGAAAAUAUCCACACGAUCACUUCAUCAGGUAGGGGCACCACUGAUUGCGACUUUGGGUUUUAUUGCCAAUACGCUCAUCUUGAUUGCCAUCAUAAAGGCGAAACUCUAUCGACAAAAUGUGAUUUUGUUUGUUCUUAAUUUGGUGAUCAACAACGCCUUGGUUUGUGCGUCAAGUCUGCCGUAUAUCGCCGUCAUGGCGUUCAGCUAUUCUGGAGAGGUGAACCUGGCGCUAUGUCAAUUCAUGGGAUAUAUUACGUAUUCGAUCACGGCUUCUGAAUUAUUGGGACUCAAUCUUGUCGCUAUCAACCGAUAUUUCCUAAUCGUCCGGUACAGCACAUAUUUAGAGAUAUAUAACAAGAAGAAAAACAUCGCGAUCAUGAUAGCUGUCUCCUGGAUUGUGUACCCGGUACUGAUGGUGUUUCCUGCGACAAAUGUUUGGGGAAGUAUGUCAUAUGACCGCUACAGGUUUUUGUGCCAUCCGUUCAAAACCAAUGACAGCUUUGGGAAAUUUCUCGUCGGAUUUGCGUUGCUCACCACUGUUCCGUUAAUAAUCUUUGGAUAUAUAAGCAUUCUACCAAAAGUGUUUAAAACAAACCAACAGGUAAAUUUAACCCGGAGCAAAUCUGUGAUCACUAAACGUACAGCCGACAAGCCUCGGAAACGGGAGAUUCGUCUGGUGUCCUUGGUAAUUAUGCUGUUAACUUCGUUCUGUUUUAUGUAUUUACCAUUCGCCAUCAUGUCUAUCAUUGACCCCACCACGUCACUGUAUGACCCCAAAAUACACAUCGGAUUUGUGUAUGUUGCCUGGGCACAUUGUCUCGUGAACCCCCUAUUGUAUGCCGUCAUGAACCGUCAGAUCCGGCGGGCCAUCAAAGACCUUUUCCUGGUGCCAGGAGGCAAGGAUGUCGUGUCCGGGAUUACUACGGUUAACCAAUCGAGAACGGACUUAAUUACUUAUGAUACUGGCGUAUAAAUGUGUUCUCGACGAGGAUAUUUCAAAUGACAUCUUUGAAAUUCCAAAGGUAACGCUGUCCUACGUUCUCCGCACCAUUUGAUAAAAAUGACAUGACAAAAUCAAAGGCUCGCGGGUAGCUAUUUGAUCGGUUUUGUGUUUAAAAAACAUACCGACCAAUCGAUACUUAGACUGGUAACUUUAAGAUUAUAGAGAAGCGACAUCUGAUUUCAAAGCCGGUCGAUUUUACCGUUCUAUUGCCGCGCGAUUCAUUUGAAGAACAUCAAAAAUAAAACUAGCCUACUUGUGUCACCGACAAGGUGACGCUUACAGACCCUUCUUAUUCGUCAUGACAUAUUACACGGAUGUAGAGAACGAAAGAGAGCCCAUGGAAUGUCGAGGAUGAUUUGGUACCGAGUGUUAUCAAAGAAUACCUCUUCAAAAGAAAAUGUUUGUUUUGGUACAUUUUCUCUGUAUUUUUGCGGAUAAGCGUUUGAUUGAAAGUGUUGUGUACGGGCUACAUUGUAAAUAAAUUCAGUAUCAACUAGACGCGUGUAUGCCCCCUAUAUCUUGUACAUUGACCUACUUAUUCGCAGAUAUAAUGGUACUUUUCAUUUAUAUUAAUACAUUUCACAUUGAUAUGUAGUCC